UACUGGGUACUCCUCAUAAAAGUGCAUAUGGGGAAAGAAUCCAAGAGUGGGCCAGUGGUGCUGCAAUUAUGACAUCAAUUAUUGAAUCCAUAAUGUUAAAAGUCAAGGAAGGAUGGAGACCUCAUAGGACAAUCCUUUUCUGCUCAUGGGGUGGCUCGCCAUUUGGUAAUAUUGGAUCUUACAAAUGGGCAGAGGAAUUUAAAAGAAUAUUGGAGAACAAUGCAGUGGCAUAUAUUGGACUUCAAAAUCCUAUACGUGGAAAAAGCAGUCUUCGAUCUAUCGCUUCACCCUCUCUACUGCAGUUAGUGACAGACGUUAUUAAAAAGCUGCAGGUUGCUUGUCCUGACAAGGAAAUGUGCUCCAAGUCUGGUGUCAGUUCUGUGCAAGCGCUGGGAGAUGCAGAUUUCUUCAUUAACCACCUUGGAAUUCCAGCUGUGCAGUUUAUUAUUGAUGACAUCAAAACUUCAGAGGCUUCAAAUGUGCUCUCAGAAGCAGUCUUCAUUAAAGAAGAAACCACAAACAAACAAAUGGAUCCUUCCUUUAAUCUUCAUGAAUAUAUUGCCAAGUUAACCUUAGAAAUGGUUCUGCAGAUUGCAAGUGAACCCGUCUUGCCCUUUAGUGCACUGGAUAUAGCAUUAGAAAUUCAGAAGAACAUUGAAGGUGAUGACACUUCUACUAAUCAUUUAAUGGAGAAAGCAAGAAGUCUUAGAGAAACAGCACAAAUGUUUCAGUCAAAUGAAAUGCGGCCAGCCAAUGAUCCUAAAGAGAGGGACCCUACAAGAGUAAGAAUGUUAAAUGACAUUCUACAAAAUAUGGAGAAAAAUUUCCUGAUACAAAACCCCCCACCAGGAUUCUUCAGAAAUAUUUUAUACAGACUGGAAGACAGGACAACACAAUUUUCAACACUACAAGCAGCUAAAGCUUAUUACAAGAUUUCUAAGUCAAAUGAAACACUUCUAGCAGCGCUGGAGAUGGUGUCAAACUGCAUUAGCUCAGCUCAGCUAUAUUUCAAUGAAAGUCUCCAUGUGUUUGAGGAUGGUUUUUACUUAAAUGACUGACAGAUCAUGUGUGUUGGUAGUCAUUAGGUCACACAAUGAUAUUAUGAGGGUCAAACAUUUUGUUAAACUACAUUUUUUUGGUAUAUGUUUUGGUAUGUGCUUGAAAACCUAUAUGCUUACUAUUUUCUGUUUCUUUUCUGAAACAAAUUUAAUGCAGUGUUCAUGGAGGUUCUGUUUCUAUAAAUUAGACAAUGAGACUUUAUACAAUGUAAUAACUAUGAGUACAUUUUUUCAUUAAAAAUUGAAUAACUGUCCUUGUUCUACAAAGACCUGAGAACAAAUCAUGUAGGUGUUACCUUCUCACUUUCAAGGAUUCACUUCAAUAUGAAAGACUUUUUAUGGGUUUCUAAGAACUGUGUUAUGUCAU